AAAGAGAGAAAGUAUUAAAAAAUAUCCCUACAUUUCACAUAAAUUAUUCGUUUCAUUCCUAAACUAUUGACAGUGUAAACAUCACUCUCCUACUUCUCCUAAAUUCUUGCCAAGUUGAAAGUGUUUUAAAUACUUCUCUGGAUCUUUUUAAUCAAGAGUCAUAUACUCAUAGUGGUUGAUUAUGUAUGUUUGUUAGUUCAGUUAGUAAAGUAGAGGAGUACUUUUUAACAUUCCAUCUAUAGCUGCAAUAACCUCAUUGAAGCCUGGUGAUGAACUUGAUCAUUCUCACAAGUACUUGAUUCAGAAGGUGGGUGAAAAUUCAAGUUAAGAUUUUUCUCAAUCCCACAAACAAAUAAAACUUAUCUUGGAAUAUGGUAUGCAGGCGAUCGACGAGAGAGGAAAGUAUGGAUAGCUAAUCCAAAUACACCUCUAUUGAUCAACUCAGGGUUGCUCACCAUAAACGGAACAUCGAAAAUAACUAGUGGAGGGAAGACCAUAGUGAAUAUUGCCACUCCUUUAUUGACAGGAAGUUUAGUAGCUAGGCUUCAAGAUUCAGGGAAUUUUGUGGUUCAGGAUGAGACUCGAAACACUGACUUUAUGGCAAAGCUUUGAUCAUCCUACCAAUUGUCUUUUGCCUGGUAUGAAGCUUGGUUAUAACCUCACCACAAUGCAGAAUUGGACUACAUACUCUUCUUACAUAGAUGAGAAAAGAAAGGAGGAAGCAUAUAUACGCGAGUUGACAGCAGUAGACAGCUUCAACAAUGCAAAUCUGAAAGAAGAAGAUGGAAGGGAAGUACAAGAUUUGAAGAUAUUUAGCUUUGGAUUCAUAUUGGAAGCCAAAAAAAACAACUUCUCGAGUGAAAAGAUGCUCGGAGAGGGCGGUUUUUGGCCUGUUUAUAAGGGAAAUUUUCCAGAUGGGCGAGAGAUGGCAGUCAAGAGACUUUCAAGAACCUCAGGACAAGGGCUUGUGGAGUUCAAGAAUGAACUCAUACUAAUAGCCAGAGUUCAGCCUACAAAUCUAGUUCGAGUUCUAGGAUGUUGUAUUGACGGAGAUGAGAGAAUGUUGAUAUAUGAGUACAUGCCUAACAAGAGCUUGAACUUCUUCCUCUUUGGUCUGUUACUAUUCCAAAAAAAAAAAGACUCAACUUUCAGAUACUCAAGAAUGAGAGUGAUACAUAGAGAUCUAAAAGCCAGUAAUGUGCUUUUGGAUGAAAACAUGAAUCCUAAGAUAGCUGAUUUUAGUUCAGCAAGAAAUUUAAACAGAAUGAGACGGAGGCAGUGACUGGCGGGUUGUUGGAACAUAUGGUUAAAUGGCUCCCGAGUUCGCCAUGGAAGGAACUUUCUCAAUCAAGUCUGAUGUCUUCAGCUUUGGAGUCAUAAUACUGGAAACUUUCUAGCAAGUCUAUUUCAUUGCAAAUAUAAUAAAAGCACGUAAUAUAGGAAGAAGAAGUACGAAGAGAUAGGAAAAAUGACUGGACUGUAUUGAUCAGACUCAUUAGUUCUACAGCUCGGGGUGAAAGUGACAAAUAGCUGCGAAAACCAAGCAACCAUUCAUCAUAACAUUGCUUGGAUGAUAUGAAGUGCCAAUAUACAUAGUGAAGAAACCAAGAAAACCAUUGCUCAUAAAAAUUAAUGGAUAUGGUUUUUACUCUUCACCCAACCACCACAUUGAUAUUUAUACCACUAAUGUGUAUGUAUACUAAUCUCUUUGGUACAUCACCAACAAUAGGAGUGUAAUAUACUUUUUACAAACCAUAAUAUUCACCUUGUAUA